AAGGAUGAUGCUGGGGGCGUCGUCGUUGCUGAACGGGCUUCGAUCUCCAUUGCCUUCAGCUCAUAAUUUGCGCAGCUUCGGCCGUGGGACUAAGCUCAUGCUCCUCUCGCCACCGCUCAGCGCCUCCGCUUCAUCCUCCACCAGCGAUCAGUCCAAAUCCAAGCCAUGGUUGCUCGUAGGCCUUGGGAAUCCUGGCAAGAUGUAUACCGGGACUCGCUAUAAUGUUGGUUUUGAGAUGAUAGAUGCCAUAGCUGAAGCUGAAGGGAUAUCUGUGAGCACCAUACGCUUCAAAGCAUUGUUUGAAAAAGGUCUUAUCUUGCUUCUGCAUUUGCUGUUUUUCUCUUGA